AUGGAAAGAAACAAAGAGGAGUUCGGGAAGCCCAACUCGCUAAGAACUCCCAACAAGUUCAGAAAUAAGGAAAAAUUAUGUGCGUAUCACAAUGAGGCUGGCCACAACACCUCUGAAUGUUGGGCCCUAAGGGACGCCAUCGAGGACCUGAUUAGAAGGGGUCGAUUAAAGGAUUACAUGAUACGACCAACCAAUCAACCGAGCCAACUAGCGGCCCAGCAACCGCCUCCCUUUGAUGAUGAGCGCUCACCGGCGGUACCAACUAUCUACACGAUUCAUGGUAGACCUCACCUCGCGGGAUCUUCCCACAAAUAUCAUGAGAGGUACGUGCGUGAGGCUAACCAUGUCUUGUUGGUAAGAUCAGACGAGCAGUUGGCUCUCGUAAAGCGAGCUAAGGGUGAUCCGAUUCCGAAAAAGAUUGUCUUCUUGGAAGAGGAGGCCAGAAACGUCUAUUGGCCGCACAAUGAUGCGUUCAUUAUAAGGCCCCAGAUCAAUAAUGCUGAAGUGCGGAGGAUAAUGGUGGACACGGGAAGCUCGAUAAAUGUAAUGUACUGA